AUGGCUCAAGAAUUAACUCACCCAUCCAUUAAAGAUGGUUGGUUUGCUGAAAUCUCCGAAACCAUGUGGCCAGGUCAAGCUAUGUCCUUAAAAGUUGACAAAGUCUUACAUGUUGAACAAUCAAAAUAUCAAGAUGUCUUGGUAUUCAAAUCUUCAACUUAUGGUAAUGUCUUAGUUUUAGAUAAUUGUAUUCAAGUCACUGAACGUGAUGAAUUCUCUUAUCAAGAAAUGAUUACUCAUUUAGCUUUAAACUCUCAUCCAAACCCAAAGAAAGCUUUGGUUAUUGGUGGUGGUGAUGGUGGUGUUUUAAGAGAAAUCUUAAAACAUGAAUCAAUUGAAGAAGCUUGGUUAUGUGAUAUUGAUGAAACUGUUAUUGAAGUUUCUAAAAAAUAUUUACCAAAUAUGUCUGUUUCUUACAACGAUCCAAGAACUAAGGUCCACAUCGGUGAUGGUUUCAAGUUUUUAGCUGAAUAUAAGAAUCAAUUCGAUGUUAUUAUCACUGAUUCUUCUGAUCCUGAAGGUCCAGCUGAAUCUCUUUUCCAAAAACCAUAUUUUGAAUUAUUAAGAGAUGCUUUAACUGAAAAGGGUGUUAUUACUACUCAAGCUGAAAACAUCUUUAUUCAUAUGGAUAUUAUUUCUAAAUUAAAGAAGGAUUGUCAAGAAAUCUUCCCAGUUGCUGAAUAUGCUUAUACUAUGAUUCCAACUUACCCAAGUGGUUCUAUUGGUUUUAUGGUUUGUUCUAAGGAUAAAGAUGCUGAUGUUACUAAACCAAUCAGAUUCGAUUGGUCUGAUGAAUUUGUUUCAAAGAAUUUGAAAUAUUAUAAUAAGAGAAUUCAUGAAGCUUCAUUUGUUUUACCUACUUGGGCGGAUGAAAUCUUAAAUAAGACCAAGAACUGA